AUUCAGGCUGCCUGAAUGCAUAACAAUCAUAAUUCAAACAGAGACAACUCCGUGAUUGAGACUGUUAUUCAUACAGUCUUUUGUUUCAUUGGCUUUUAUUUUAUAUUUAAUCUUGUCAUUGUACAUGUUUCUUUCUUGUCUCCAGCUCGUAAACAAGAGAUCAUCAAGGUUACUGAGCAGCUGAUAGAAGCUAUCAAUAAUGGGGAUUUUGAAGCCUACACGAAAAUCUGCGAUCCUGGUCUUACCUCAUUUGAGCCUGAAGCUUUGGGAAAUCUUGUAGAAGGGAUGGAUUUCCACCGGUUUUACUUUGAAAACGCCUUGUCGAAAAGCAACAAGCCAGUCCACACCAUUAUCCUGAAUCCCCACGUCCACCUGGUAGGGGAUGAUGCCGCCUGCAUUGCAUAUAUCCGACUGACACAAUAUAUGGAUGGAAGUGGAAUGCCCAAAACGAUGCAGUCAGAAGAGACAAGGGUUUGGCACCGCCGUGAUGGAAAAUGGCAAAAUGUUCACUUUCACCGUUCAGGAUCACCAACAGUACCUAUCAACUAAAUGUCAGCGCUGCCCACGUUGUGUCCACGCACUCCGCACUUGGUUGGCUCCCCCCGGGCCAUCCUUUGGCUCUCUUCAUGCAUGUUCUCCGAGUGCAUGAAGCUGUGAAGUUUCUUCAAGUGAUAUGUUUAUGAUUGCAUCAUUUUGUUGUAUAUUCCAUUGAUAGCUUUUGUUUACCCUUCAUUGAAGGAAGUGUUUCAUGGCAGAUGGAAAAAGAGGUACAAGGGUGAAGGGAAAAGGGAAAAAUUGAAAUACAAGAGUAUAUUCAGAUUAUACAUCUCCAGCAAAAAUACAAAUAUCAUCUCUGCAUGUGCACCCUAUAAAAACAAAGGUUAAAAAUAAUUAACUUUGCUUUAUUUUUUAUUCUUUUCUGAGUCAUUUGUUUUUAAAGGUUGUUGCCUAAUCCUUGUGUUAAAGGAGGAUUAAUUGAAUUCCUACUAACAGCAUCUUUAAUGUAGGAUGUAUGGUAGACAUAGUGACUUAGAUCAAAGCAUUUCUAUAGGUUGGAGGUCUUGGGAAGUUGCCUUUGCUGUGAUUCACUAUGUAUAACUGGAAAAAAAAGGGACAAAACUUGCAGAUUUGACUUCAACAAGAAUAAUUGUCACUGCGGUCAUUUGUUCAGCAAAUGUAAAAGCAAAUAGGUUUUUUUCUUUCUUUUCUAAUUGCUUAUUUAGCAUCAUUUUCAGGAAAAAAAAUAGCAUUUCUAGCUUUCAGAAGCCAGUGAACAGAUUCAAUAUAGCUUCUGAUAAUAUAGAUUAUGGGUACAAUAAAACUUUUUUUAAUCAUUUUUUGGAUGUACAGUACAUUUAUUAAAGCAAGAUGUAGAGGAUUUUUUAAACUGAUAUUCUAAUAAGAUAAUGUAGCAAUCUAGAACAAUUAGAUCUUAAGAGCUUAGUAUGAGGAGAAGUCUAAAUUUUCUUUGUAUCAAUUUAUUACUGGGAAACACCUGUUUUCUAAUAAUGUUGUCAAAUUUAGCAGUAAUUUAUCCAUUUUACAUGGCUUGUUAGCCUUGAAAGUAUAAAAUAAAUCAAUAAUUGUAGAUUUAUUAAUUUCCCCAUUUUC